ACGCGCCUUCCUUUAAAGAUUGCAAUAUUACGACAAAAGUGAUUCGAAAUGGGUGGUGGCGAUCUGAACACGAAGAAAUCAUGGCACCCGAACACGAUGAAAAAUCAGGAACGCGUAUGGAAGGCGGAACAGCAGGAAGCAGCCGAAAAGCGUCGUCUCAACGAAUUGCGCCGUGAAAUCGACGAAGAACGCAACCGGGAAGAAUUGAAAAGCAUCGGACAAAAAUCAGGCAUCCUGCCGAGUGAUGAGGGUGAUAAGAAGCUCGAGUGGAUGUACCGUGGCCCCGCACAAUUGGUCAAUCGCGAAGAGUACCUGCUCGGGCGUACCAUCGACAAAACGUUCGAAGAAUUGGAUGCACAAGAAAAAGCUUCCAACUCUACGUUCGGAGUAGCACAGCCAAAAAAUCACGUCGAGCAUGAGUGCAUACCGUUUUCCAUCCGGCAGCACAAGGAUGUGCUGAGCAAUGAUCAGGUCGAUCUGGCGCGCAAGCUUAUGGAGGAUCCGUUGAUGUUGAUCAAACAGAAGGAGAUGGAAUCGCGGCAGAAGAUUCUUCAGAAUCCGGUUAAACUGAAAGAGUUGCACCGGUUGCUGAAAGGCGAUCAAAGCUUGAAAGGAUCAGCGGAAGAGAGGAAGGCUGACCGGAAGAAGGAGAAAAAAAGCAAAAAAAGCAAGAAAAGCCAAAAGAAGAAGAAAAGGAGCAAAAAACGCGGUGAUAGUAGCGAGUCGGAGGGAAGUGAUAGUGAGGGUAGUGCAGAUCUGGAUAAACUUCUGGCGGAAAAGUAUAAGAAAGUAGCAGGGGAGCGGCAGGAAGGUGUAAGCAUUGAUAAACUGUUGAGAAUGCAGUUUGAUAAAUUGUCCCAAGAUUUGGAGGCAAUGGGUAGCAGUGGUGGUAGUAAAAGGAAAAAACAACGAAGAGGUAGGAGUGGGUCAUCCGAUUCAUCCAAAUCUGAGAGGAGAGGAUCAGCAAAGCGUAGAGAUAAUCGUCAGGAAAAGCGAGAUGAUCGUGUGGAAAAAAAUAGAGAAAGAGGAAGAAAUAGGGAAAAGGAUUCCCGUUCACGAGACGUGCGAAAAGGCAAAAGAGAAUUUUCCGACGGAAGUACGCCUGAUCGUAAGCUUGAUAGAAGAGACAGGAGUAGAGAACGAUACAGAAACAAGUCUCCUGUUCGGACAAGUAACCGAUCUCCUGUUCGGAAAGUGUACCCAUCUAAAGACAAGCACAUCCGAGGACGUUCCCGGUCAAGAUCGGCAGAAAAGAAAAAGGUUAAGGAUUCUAAACGACAGUCCCGUUCCCGGUCAAGAUCAGUGGGAAGGAAAAAGGUUAAGGAAUCUAAACGUCGAUCUCGUUCCCGGUCUCCACGCAAGAGAAGCUACACUCCAACAAAUCAAAAACUUUCAACCAAAUCCCAAAAGGCACAAUCCAGCUCAUCAUCAUCGUCCGAUUCAAAUUCUGACCCCUCGGAACAACCAACUCAAUCACGUCACCAAUUCACUGGAGAUUCGGACGAUGAACGACGCAUUAAAAAGAUACGCAAUUUUGGACUUGUAACCGCUUCCGGGGAGAAACUGGACACUUCAUCCUCCCGCCCAGAGGUGCGACUGUACAAACGUGAUGAAAUAAAGGCGGAACAGUCGAAAAAAAGGACAACGUGGACGAAACCAACGGAAAAGAAAAAACCAUUAAGCGAACGGGAACUAGAAGAGCAGCGUCUUGCUAUGAUGAGCAAUGCACAGUGGCGCGAAAAGGAACGGGAAUCGAAUGUGAAGCGGUACGAGUCGGAUGAUCAUCGUGAAGAGGCUACGGUAAGCCGGGAGUACGAUAAGGAAUUUCUGACGAAGCAAUUCAAGCGGGCGGCUGCGAGUGAAACGGUGGAAUCACGCAUCCGAUCGAAUCGCAACAAUAUUCAACGAUCUAAUGGUGCUAUGGACAGGAAUUUCGUGAAGCGGUGAAACAAC